CCCCAGAGAUAGCACCAACAAGUACGUUUAUACUUAGUUUACUGACACCAUGCGCUCUUUGACGUUUACCAUAAUCGUAAUUUCCAUUUUUGGACGCAUCUACCCUUGGACUGCAAUUGAGCAGACGGAUAAUGCCCAAAGCCACAAAGAAUACUGCUACAGUAACAUUAAAGGCGUCGGUGAUAUGAAAAAAGGAGAAGUAAAAAUGAAGUUUGGGGAGUGCGUAAAAGUUGAGUGUACUGAAGGGGGACUUAUGGUACACACCGGAUGUGAUCCCGUAAAUACGGAUUGCAAAACACCAGAUUUGACAAAAUUUUAUCCAGACUGUUGUCCUGAAAAGUUAUGUGGAGCGCAAUGAACAUAAUUUUUCUGUAGAAGUACUACUUUCGUCGAUGGAAUCUGUUGGAGAAAAGUUAAAAAACAGUACUUCCACUUACCAUGAUUACAGUUACGGCCCUUACCUUUUAGAGUUAAUAAUUUAAGAAUUGUUUUGCAUUGCAGUACAGUGUGUAACAAAUACUCUUUCGAAACUAGAUCUAAAGUAACCUUUUGACGCAGUAGUUUGGCACUAUUUAACUAAUAAUAACCGCGUUUUGCAAUUACUGGAAAAAAAUUGGCAAAUAGAUCGUUUCUGUGUAA